CAUACAGCAAUUGUUGUAAGGCAACGGCGCAUGUACACGGGGAUUUUAUGUGCCGGGGAUAUUAGCGCGAAAAAGGACGAUGUCAAAGGCAUGAGUCGCAUAUAUGCGCGCGCGAACGCAGACGGACAGAGAAGCGGACCAGCACGACUUACAACGUAGUACAACGUAGACGUACAGAUCAUCGGCGAAUCAAUGUGCUGUCAACAUGAUCCACUCACCCUCCGUCCUACAACGUCGCUCUCCGUCGACUCGAAGCGUGGCGGCGCGAUGGUGGUGGGGGAGUCGCGUUGCUGCGUUCAAACUGGCUCAUCUAGUAGGGCCAACGGACUCGAGCGUGGGCUCGCUAGGGUCGUAGAGAGGCUCGGUGGGCCCAAUCAAAAGACCGAGAACCCAGAGAGCCGUGGUCAAGACUUUUCACGGGAGGAAGGCGCGCGUCUUGCCCAGGCGUACACCAACGGAAAGGUUACGAAGCAGCCGGAAGAGAGGAUAGAGGACUUGUCUGGCAACUUGGAGGGUGCUCAGCGACUGACCGCCGCCGUGCGAGUCGUCCAUGAACGCGUCGGCAAGAGCCGGGCUGCAGCCACAGACGCGUCAGAGCGACUGACUCGUCGCGCCACAGACUCUCACUGCUCUCAGUGCACCCGCCGCCUUUCGUACACAGGAAUCGACAAGAGAAGUGUCGCCCGACGAUGCCUGCGAAUGUCUUCUGACGAUCUCAACGCGUAUCCGCUGCUCCCGAACAUCCGACACCGUGACCUUGAUCCCCUCCCGGACUCGCACUCUCCGCCUUCGCAGGCGUAUACCACUAACGGCCUCGCCGUCAGCGUGCCAGUGUCGCUCGUAACUCUGAAGGACUGCACGCAGUACCUCGUGCUGCUAGUCCCGCCCUGGGCGCGACAAUUCAACACGACUAUUUUCUUCAUCGACGAGGGAGAGGAAUCAAUGUUAAUUGAGGCGCAUCUGUCUGCUGAGUAUAGGCACACCGAACACGACACACAUACUCAGGCUGUGAUGUGUCCUCUCCGCGAGUACCAGUCGAACAAUGAGACCAAAACUCGUAUGCGCAAGUCCGGCACAGGGCGACGCCUGCCGUACAUUCCACACAAAAGUGUUCCAGGACAAGAGGCAUUGGAUACGGGGCCCUGGCUCUUCCAAACCCAUUUCGCGGACCACUUCUCGUACGUUGACACGGAGACGAUGGCGAUGCCCGACUACACCGCCAAUUCGCGUCGAGGUGUGAGCGAGAUGGGUGGUGGAUGUGUAUAA